AUGUCUGGGAGAGAGCGAAGCUACGAAAUAGGGGAGUCGCCAUCGUCGUCUGAACGAGGGCCGCAGCGGGCAGCGGAAACCUCUGCUGGUGCCGCUGCCCGACGAUACGACAGAUAUGAACAUCAGAGGGCGCCUGGGGCCUUCACCCGUGACGGUGGCGGCCGACGUGACGAUCGGGUUGAACAACGCUUUCCAGUGGAUGCCUCCUUGGCAGUUACUGAAAGUUCAGGGCGAUUUGAUCUCCAUGACCACCACCCGACACUGGAGGCCUCCUCAAACAGCCGUAUCGGUCGUCGUAGAUAUGAUCGGGAGUCGUCAGCGCAGACAUCGUAUGGUCGCAGCGGUGGCCGACGACAUGAUAGAUACAAUCAUCCGUCGCUGGCGGAGUCUUCAUCAUCUCAAGGAGGUCGAGCACGCGGACGUGGUGUCGGCCAAAGGGCUUUAGGAGGUUACUCACCGACUUUGCCGUCGGAAUUCACUCCGGUAGAUAGCAUUAGUCAUGACCUCGAGGAGCGUCUCACACUGCAACCUCCUUUUCAGGCGUCACGGCCACCUUUUUCGAUACCGUCUCAACCAUCCACUUCUAGAACUCCUGCGGCGGCGCAUUUCUCUUCGACUGUCUAUAUUCCUCCGCAGAGAAGAAAUCAGGCGCCGCGUCCACCUCUGACCUUGCUAACUCGUUCCACAGCUUCCGGAACUCGGGGGGAGAGCACGCAGGUGCACAAUCCUACACCAGAAGUAAAUGCCACAAAGGAGCCGCAGAUGUCUCCAGCGUCGCUGCAAGUUGCUACAUUCGCGCCGAGGCCAGGGUACGGUACUCUGGGAAAGAGGUGUAGGAUUACAGCGAAUCACUUUCGGGUCGAACUCGCCGACAGAAAUAUUCACCAUUAUCAUGUUUCAAUAACUCCUGAGGUGACAUCUCGAGUCCUUAGCCGGAGCUUGAUCAAAGAACUUGUUCAUCUGUAUGGACAGUCACACCUUUAUCGAAAUCCUGCUUACGAUGGAAGGAGGGGCAUUUAUACAGCAGGUCCUUUACCAUUUACCUCAAAGGAAUUCAUGAUUAAGUUGGAAGAGGGAAAUGAUGGAACUCAUGAAAGAAAAAAGAAGGAAUUCAUAGUGAAAAUUAGAUUUGCUACCAGCACAGACAUUCACAAUCUGCGAGAGUUCUUGCUCAGCAGACAAAGUAAUGUGCCAUAUGAAAUCAUCCAUGCUCUUGAUGUGGUUCUUAAGGAUUCUCUAUCAAACAACAGAUGCACUCUGUCGGGGAAGACAUUUUUCCCACUUGGUUUAGGAGCAAGAAGUGAGAUUGGCAAUGGGGUACAAUGCUGGAAUGGAUUCUACCAGAGUCUUCGGCCCACCCAGAUGGGAUUGUCCCUGAAUAUUGAUGUGUCCUCCAAAUCCUUUUACGAACCAAUUCCUGUCAUCGAAUUUGCUGCUAAAUUUCUAAAUUUGGAGGAUCCAUCAAUAAUGGCCCGAAUGCCUCUGUCUAAUGAUGAUCGUUUAAAGUUGAAGAAAGUUCUGAAAGGAAUCAAGGUGGAAGUCACUCAUGGGGGACAAAGGCGUUACAAAAUUUUUGACAUAACGGAGCAACCAACAAACCAACUAAGGUUUACUGAAGAUGGACAACAGAAGUCAGUGGUUCAGUAUUUUCGUGAGAAAUACAAUAUUGCCCUUCGUUAUGCCUCUUGGCCUUCACUUCGAUCAGGGAAGGAUUCAAGACCCAUUUAUUUACCCAUGGAGACAUGCACAAUUGUUGCAGGGCAGCGUUAUGCUAAGAAGUUGAAUGAGAGGCAGGUUGCGUCCAUGUUGAGAAUGACAUGCCAGCGGCCCUGGCGGAGACAAGAGAUUAUACAUCAGAUUGCUGAUCAAGAUGAUUAUAUAAGGAAUAAUUUUGUCAAGGAGUUUGGAGUUAAUGUGAGUGUGGAUAUGGCAGCCAUUGAUGCCCGAGUUCUCCCACCCCCUGCUCUCAAGUAUCAUGAUUCUGGAAGAGAGAAAACUAUUAGACCACGCACAGGACAGUGGAGUGCACAGCAUGCGAAAUUAUAUCAUGGUGCUGUAGUGGAGUACUGGAUGUGUGUAAACUUCUCUAAUUUAAAACAAGAAGUGGUUUUCAAUUUUUGUCAGCAUUUGGUAGACAUGUGCUGCCGCAAAGGAAUGGAUUUUGCUCGUAACCCUUUGUUUCCUAUUCAAUCAAGUCCACCUGAGCAGAUAGAGGCAAAGCUCUCAGAUGUUCACCACCAGUGCAGAGUUGAGGGAAAGCAACUCCAAAUGUUGAUUGUUAUUCUCCCCGAAGUCAAUGCAUACUAUGGGAAAAUCAAAAGAAUAUGUGAAACAGAGCUUGGAAUGGUUUCUCAGUGCUGUCAGCCCAGACAUGCUAGAACUUGUAAUCGGAUUUAUCUUGAAAAUAUCGUCUUGAAGAUCAAUGUGAAGGCCGGGGGUCAAAAUGCUAUAUUGGAAGACACUCUAUAUGGAAGAAUACCUCUUCUGACCGACAUUCCUACUAUUAUAUUUGGUGCUGAUGUUACCCAUCCACAAUCAGGGGAAGAUCAAGGCCCUUCAAUAGCAGCAGUGGUGGCAUCAAUGGACUGGCCAACAGUGGUUACAUACAGGGGCCUGGUUUCUGCACAGCCUCAUCGAUCAGAAAUUAUCGAGGACCUCUUCAGAGUUAAAGAAGAUCCAAAGAGAGGCAUAGUUCAUGCAGGAAUGAUAAGGGAACUCUUACUCGCUUUCAAGAGUUCAACUGGCCUCAAACCUUUGAGGAUUAUCUUCUUCAGAGAUGGCGUUAGUGAGGGCAUGUUUGAAAUGGUGCUGCUAAAAGAAAUGGAUGCCAUCCGAAAGGCUUGUGCAUCUCUAGAGGAAGGAUAUCUCCCGCCGGUCACUUUCAUUGUAGUGCAGAAAAGGCACAACACCCGGCUGUUUCCUACAAAUGAAGACAAUAUGGAUAAGAGUGGAAACAUACUCCCUGGAACUGUGGUGGAUACGGUGAUCUGCCAUCCAUCUGAGCAUGACUUUUACCUGUGCAGCCAUGCAGGAAUUCAUGGUACCAGCAGGCCUGCGCACUAUCGUGUUCUCUUGGAUGAGAAUAAAUUCUCAGCUGAUGCAUUGCAAAUGCUGGCAAACGAUCUUUGCUACACGUAUGCAAGGUGCACCCGCUCUGUUUCCAUAGUGCCUCCUGUUUAUUAUGCACACUUGGCGGCAUUCAGGGCGAAGUUCUACGUGGAAAGAAGCGGUGCCCAAUAUGAAGGUGGAUCAAGCACAGGGCCUGAUGAUAGAAUAGAGCUGCCGGAGAUAGAUCCAACUGUGAAAAGCGUCAUGUUCUACUGCUAAGACACCUAAUACGGUGUAGCUUGACGCAAUUCUUAUUCUUGCCGCUUCAUGUUGGAAGAACAAUAUACUGUUUUAUUGAGAAUGAGAACAGCAUAUGAUGGUCUUAAAAGGGCGUCUUCCUCCUUGAUGGCUGGAAUCCUAUGUUAUCCAUUUUGUUGAACAAUCUCAUGUACCAUAAUUUGAAUUUUAUGUGUGAUUGCAAACUAAGACCGUUUCAUUUUAAUUUACAAAGGAAAAAUUCGAACAAAAUUUCCAAGAAUGGAGGUAUACAGCCAGAAACUCUAAGUGGACCA